AAAAAUGUAAAAUAAUAAUUAAUCAUGUCUUUUCUACGUUUUCUGACGUCAUACUGAGUUGCUGCAUUCCGGGUUGCCAAAUUGGGAGCAAAGCCACUAAGCCAGAUGCUGCCACAGCGCAGUGUAAAGCCAGAAUUCCUAAAGCACCCUGAACGCACCAGCAGUUCCUGUGGGUUGACCUAUGAACGCUAUUAUUUAUUUAUUGUGGGUUGGCCUCUGAACGCAGCACAAUGCAGACACAAACCUGUUUGUUGUGAUGACAGAGGAGAUUUCACGGUGAAAACUGACUAUCGAACAUUCUGUCCGUUGAGUUGACAGAAUUUCUCCAAAGGUCUCCCAACAACAGUCUUCGCUCGUUUCCGGCGGCUGCAUGUCUCCCACCCGUCCACCUGUGAGCCGGUGGUAGCCCCCGGGACCCGCUCCGCCGUAGGCCGCCAUGGGGACGCUCUGGUCCCGCAGAGGCAGCAGCGUUGUCCCUUCGUCCGUUUCCAGGCGCGAGGUGGGCGACGGAGACUCGGACGACGAGUCUCUGGACGGACUCGUCAGGCGCGAGGACAUCGCCCAGUUCCCCUACGUGGAGUUCACCGGCAGAGACAGCAUCACGUGCCCGACCUGUCAGGGCACCGGCCGGAUCCCCUCAGAACAAGUGAACGAGCUGGUGGCUCUGAUUCCGUACAGUGACCAACGGCUGCAGCCUCAGAGGACGAAACUGUAUGUGGGCCUCUCGGUUCUGCUCUGCCUCCUGGUGUCUUCACUCGUGGCCUUUUUCCUCUUCCCUCGAUCCGUGGUCGUGGAGGACGCGGGGCUGCGAUCCGUCACCGUGCGCUUUGAUCACUUGAGCAAGAAGGUCCUGAUGAACAUGACGAGCACGCUGAACUUCAGCAACCCCAACUUCUUCUCGGUGCUGGUCCAGAGCGUGAGCUGCCAGGUUCUGUACAUGAAAACGGUGAUCGGGACCCGGCAGCUGGACAACUCCACCACGGUUCUGCCGCUCAGCCAGAGUCAGCUGAACUUCACCGUCAGCGUGGAGAUUGGCAGCAGCGCUCCGUACGUUUACGCCUUCUGCACCAUGCCCAUCAAGGUCCACAACAUCGUCAUCUUCAUGCAAACCACCGUGAAAACCUCCUACAUGGUCAGGACAUCCCAGAACAGCCUGGAAUCGUACCGCUACAUCGACUGCGGCGCCAACACCACCUACCACCAGACGGGGGUCCAGCGCCAGCGCCCCCCUUUGGGCUGACGUGGAGUCACUGCAGUUCCCUUUUGAAGGUCUGGGGUGUGUGUUGGUUCGAUUCCGCCUCUAAUCCCUCCAAUGGUGAAAUCUUGCUCACAAGAGCGCCCCCUGUCUGCAGCACUCCUGUAUCAAGGAAGGAUUUUAGUCCUGGAUCGCAUUUAUGCACUUUUGUAACUGAACUUUUCACCUUCAGCACAUUAAUGCAUUUUUCUGAGCGGAUAAGUUCAUAAAACCCAGAUUUCAGGUUGGUCAGAUUUUACACCAAGAGUUUUUUUUUUUAUCAUAUUUGACACUCCCCCACAGAGAACAUGAGGGAUCACAAACACGGAUCCACAACUUUUCUUUAAGCUGUAGUUUAACUCUGAGAGAGUUUACCAGUGGAAUUGAGCUUUGUUUUUUCAAAGGUGAUAAAAUGCUUUGGAAAUAAUUUAAAAUGUAUGAAAGGGAAUUAAUAAAUAAGUUAUGAAUCAGUGUUGGGUGUUGGGUUUUUCUUGUCCGUUUCUAAACUUCUGUUAAAUCAACAAAAACCUUCUCAAGAAAAACCUCUUAAUACUAUUUUUUAUAACCUCCUGUAGAAUUGUAUUUCUGCAUCUUAGAAAUUCUGUCCUUUUGUGGAGGUAAUAUUUUCUUUUCAAAAUAAAAGCAUGAUUUAC